AUGUCUCAAAGAGCAGCUCUUCUCAUCGGCAAACUCUCACACACACAACAGCAAUGGCAAGAAUGCGCAAAAGUCGCAUCAAAGCUCUACGAGUACCCGGACGGCACUCGGGAAGACUUUAUUUCCAAGUGCAAAAGCGGUGAAUUUGAAAAUGUCUUCGCGCUGUACCGAAGCAACGACUCGAACCCCAUCACCGGCGAUUUCAAUGAGGAAAUGGUAGAGGCCCUGCCAAAGAGCUUGAAGUUCAUCUGCCACAACGGCGCCGGCUACAACAACAUCGACGUCGCGGCGUGCACAAAGCGAGGUAUCUCGGUAUCAAGCACACCCAUCGCCGUCGACGAUGCAACCGCAGAUGUAGCAAUCUGGCUGAUGCUCGGCGCGCUGCGAAACAUCAAGCAAUCCUACAUGGCCGUCAACGCCGGCAAAUGGCGCGGCAACUUCUCCCUGGGCCACGACCCCAAGAACAAGACGCUCGGCAUCCUAGGCAUGGGCGGCAUCGGAUCCGCCGUCGCCCACCGCGCGAAGGCUUUCGGUAUGAAGAUCCAAUACCACAACAGGCAUCAGUUGCCGCCGAACAAGGAGGACGGCGCCAAGUACGUCAGCUUCGAGGAGCUGUUGAAGACGUCGGAUGUGCUGAGUCUGAACCUCGCGCUGAACCCCUCGACGAAGCAUAUCAUCGGCAAGGAGCAGUUCGCGCAGAUGAAGGACGGCAUCGUCAUUGUGAACACGGCUCGCGGCCCGUUGAUCGAUGAGGCGGCGUUGGUGGAUGCGCUGAAAAGCGGGAAGGUGUGGACGUGUGGAUUGGACGUAUUUGAGGAGGAGCCGAAGAUUCACCCGGGAUUGCUGGAGUGCGAGAAUGCGGUUUUGUUGCCGCAUGUUGGGACAGGCACUUUUGAGACACAGCGCGAUAUGGAGUUGUUGGUGUUGGAUAAUCUCAAGUCAGCGAUACAGCAUGAGAAAUUGCUUACGCAGGUUCCCGAGCAGAAGGACAAGGCGAAGAUUUGA